GGGUUUGUUUAUUAGUAAAGUGUGGCGUUUGAGUGGAGGAAAGAACUCUGCAAGACGUAGAAUGUAGACGAUAGGUCGUAUAUAUACAAACAAAUAAAAUGAUUUACAUAUGCAGGAAGACACUGCUGAGAUACAUUUUAUUUACAGGGCAGCGUAAACAGUUAAUUUUUAAGUGUUAAUAGAAUUUGAAAAAUGUCCAAACUGUUUUGUGAAUUGAAGACACUUACACAGCUCGUGGCUGUUCUGGUACUCGUAAAUGCAAAGACCAUAUUUUUGCUAAGCCUGACCUUAACUGCAUUACAGGCUGGAACUGUUGCAGGAUUUCUUCUACAACCUUCAACGACUAUGGUUGAAUUUGAAACAAACUCAGGAGUGAAAGUGUCAAAUGAUGGUCCAGCAGUGUUUGGUUCAGUGCUCACUUUUACUGCAAAGCUGGACAAUAAUACAGGAAUAGGUGAUGAAUAUAGAUACAUAUUUAUGCACAAUGCCAGUUGUCAAGGGAAACACAGACACACUGUAAGAGCCAACAGAAAAGCCAAUCUUCCAUUAUUGUUCAAAGAUGAAGACUGUGAGAAAGGAAGCUAUGUAAUGACUGUUACUGUGUAUGAAGAUAGACUUUAUGUUUCUGAUAAAAAAGUAGCCUUUGGAAGAACUAAAUUUUUUUUGACAAAUGAACUGGUUGGACACAUUACUGUUAACCAAGAAGUUGAAAGUGAACAGGAGUCAGACUUACCUCUGUUGUCAACAGAAGAAGAAACCAAUCUUACUGUUACUCUUCAUGAUCCUAGUGGUUUUCUAGAUGAUGCUAUUAUUUCUUACUCAUGGAAGAUUGAUGGUUAUAACAUUAUUGAUGCAGGUCCUAGUUUAAUUUACAAUUUCUCACAUCCUGGCAGAUAUGGAAUUGAUGUAACUGUUGUAGCUUUCAUACCUCCUGUCUCUCAGACUCAGAACAAAACUAAUUUCUCCUUUAGAGGUCAUACAAGAUGGGGUUUUUUAAACCAGCAGGUUAUUGCUAAAGAUCCUAUAGGAAAUAUCAACGUGAAUGGCAACCUUUAUCUUGAACAUGGAGAUCUGUUAAUUCUGGAAGUUAGCUGUAAUGGAAGUGGACCAUAUGAGUACUGUUGGAAGGUAUAUGACACAGGGGAACUACCAGCUAACUUGACCUGCCCAGAGCCAGUUGUCACUUCCAACUGCAGCUUUCCCAUUGUACACUACUUUUCCAGUCCUGGCUCAUACCACAUAGGGAUGUACAUUGCAAAUGAUGUUGCUCAUCUUCAAAAAGGAGUAGAUGUCCAAAUAUAUGAUGUUUCAAGAAAGAAGCAGCUAUCUAUGGUAAUAGUGCCAGUGUCAUGUACUGUUUUGGCAAUCAUUAUCAUAGUUACUGGUGUUACCUAUCACCUACAGCAGCAGAAUAAACAAAAGAUUGAAGUAGCAGAUUUUGAUUUCCAGAAACCUGAUGAGCUACUGGAAAAAACAUUUUAUGAAAGACUUCGUGAUUCUUUCAAAGAGGUUUUACACAACACACAGCAGCAUUCUAGUAAAACGCUUCAAAAAGUUUCUUCUAAAAAUGGACAUGUUGCAGUUGAGGAUGCUACUAUGAUUGAUAGUAAUUCAUCUGAUAUCCAUUCGUCUUAUGGGGCUAUUGCUUAGUGUUGCACAGAAAAGUUUUCACAGAUCUGAUUCAAAAAAGGAAAAAAGUGUAUGAUUACAGCAAUAUAUGUUGCAGAGUUUGGGGUCAAGUGUUUAUUUAUUUUUUUAAUUUCGAACAUUUGUUGAAUAUUAUUUUUCACUGUUUAUACAUCAAUACUUGCUGGUUUGGCAGUUCUUCUGGAUGUUAGUAAAGUUAAUUCAAAUAAAAUAAUUAAUUAUUAAUCCUUACCCUAAUUCUAAAUGACUCAAAUAAAAUUGAUAAUUUACAGUUCGCUUUAAUACUUAAUCUAGUUCACACUGUAACUUGUUGUUCUUUCAAAUGGAUAAUAUAAAUAGCAUCUAAUCUACUAAAAUGUCUGUCAUAUCCCAGAUAGCAUGAUGAGCCCUGGCAUUGUGUGAAAGGCUUCAUCAGCAGUGGAUAUGGCAGAUGUUGUGUGGUUGAUAUAUUUAUGUUUACUUUCACUUAUAAGUUCUUAAAAUAGAUUGUGACUGUGUUUUAUUUCAAUUGUUUUUCUUAAAAUUUUUAAAAUAUUGGAAAAUACAUUUAUUGGUUGUGGUAAUAGACAUUUGUGACUGUUGAGAAAAAAGGUCUUUUUCCUAGUAAAUAGCAUAAUUUUAAUCUUUACUUUCACUGUUAAGAAGUUUUGUAGUUUCAAUUUCAUAUACUUGGUUAUAUGUAUAUAGAAAGUUUAAUUUGCUAUACUGAGAGGUUACUUGUAUCUGUAAUAAUUCUCUUUCUUUAUGACUCAGCUAUAGUGCCAAAAAAAUUUUGUUUUUCUAUUUUUCACCCACAAUAUUCGGACGUUUUUUAAGCAAAAAAAGAAAACCAUAAUGAAAAGAAUAUUUCUUUUCAAGCUUACCAUUUGUUAAAAGUCUGAAAUUGAUUAAGAAUCAGUUGAUUGUUUUUAUAAGAAAAGCUUUUAACUAAAUAUGACACAAAAAUAUUAGUGCUAGGUGAGACAUUCUAUAAACAUUAACCUGCUUGUAUAUAUUUAGAAGUUGCAAAUUUUUAAGUUUUUUAUUAAUGAGUGUGAGGCUAAAGUACAGGCCCGGCAUGGCCAGGUGGUUAGGGCACUAGACUCGCAAUCUG